GAGAUGUGCCUGGACCCCUUCCUGCAGUCGCGCCUCCUGAGAGCUGCAGCAUCCAAGACUUUCGGGGCCAUAGGGCGCAACAACAUCAGCAAUCUGGUCAUGCAGAGGAUGCACAUGGGCAACCUGGAGGGCCUGCUGUGGUGCCUGCUGUCCAGCGCCCCCAGCCUGGACAGGCUGAAUUUCUUGUGGGAGCAAUUCACAUUCUGGAUGGAGGCAGUGGAUGCCCAGCACCGAGCCCUGGGCAUGAGGGCAAGCACCACCCUCAUGUCCUUUGCUGCCCUCCUGCUCCCACACUUUGAGGGCUCCCCUGACGUGCCUGAGGUGGGGGACAUGGCAGCGCGCCUGAGUCUGUCCAUUGGUGACCCAGAGGAGACCAUCGGCUGCGACGCCAUGGAGAGUUUGUACUGGCUCACUCGAAUCCUCCUGCACCAGAGGGGCCAAGACAUGCGAGGGGCAGACGAGAUGUUCGGCGAGUGCCCUCUGGAGCCGAGCCAGGUCCAGUGUUACAGGGACCUGGCGAGAGUCGGAGAGGUGCUGAGAAAGAUCUUGUCCGAGGAGCAAAAUAGAUCAUUCCUGCAGCGGACCAUUCUGGCAAUUCAUCAUGGGCGGAUGCACGUUAAAACACCUGCGCUAGUCUUCCUCUAUGCCAUCCUGGGGGAGACCAGCCUCCUGAUCGGGGACAAGGAGGAAGAAGUCCCCGGCAGGAUCAUGAGGAAGCUGGUCCUCAUGAAGUGCUGCCAUGAGCCGCCCAAGGAGCUGCAAGGACACAGCCUGCUCCUCCGGCCCCCUCUCCUCUCCUCCCUCCAGCAGCCCCCGGGUCCUCCUGCAGAGAGAGCUCCUAACCAUCAGGAGCACGAGAGCCCCUCCAUGAGUGAUGACGACAUCUAG